AUGGCUGCCUUGUGCAAUCCCAGACGAGGCAGAGAAUGGAUCCGAGAUCUCCUGACCGAUCCUCACACGGAUAGUUCGUCCUGUCAGAUAGGAUGUAAACCAGUUCAGCAAGCUCCCACAGAAUCCGAGGCGGUCCAGAUUGGCGACGGCAAUACGAUGGUUGACUUUGUCGAAGGCAGCGGAGAGAUCAGUAUAUAUUGCGUCAGUUUGCGAACGUUCAGUGAAGCUAUCAGUCACCAACAAUCGAAGCAUCGGCAUCGGCGGGCGAACGGAGACGACUACGCUGACGGCAUUGGAGACGUAGAUACCCGGCGAAGAGGACCUCUCGGAGUCGCUGGCUCAGACGAUGGUGAAUUGGAAAAUUUCAUUGCACUAGCACCGGACGAAGCUGAUAUUUAUAACUUUUCCGACAAUCUCAUCAACACGGUAGAUAAUGCUGCCUUGGGCUCGAACGAUGAUGUCGAUAAUGCUGGCGACGGUGGUGGAGGUGGCAGCGAGCCGGACCAGGAAGAUGCAAAUGAAGCGAAUCCUUUUAAUGAAUUUCUUAAUCCUAGCAUGCAGCAGCAGCAGAAUGUCCGUGCAGGGAAACCACAGCUAGAGGAUCCAUGGGGAUUAGAAUUAGAUAAACAGCAAUUACCAGUACCAGCGCAAGUUGACUACGAUACAGAGGCGGAAAAGAGCAAACAUCUCAAAGCUCUGAAUCGAAGCCAACAAACUAGCCCUCUGCUCGCCAGCAGUAUUGAUUUUCUCAACUCCAUUGAUGGUGGCUAUCUACUGUCGAAUGGGAUGAUUGACGAAAAGGGCAGAAAACUGUCUGAUGAUAACAGCUUAUCAACACUGAAACCGGAUGGCAAGGAUUCAACGGGGGAAGCAGAACAAGUAAAUGAUGACGAUAUCUUCGAGCAGAUGCAGAAAAAGGCUAAAUCCUAUCGAUUGAAGCUAUACAAGAAGCACAAAAAUUUCAAACAUAGCCAUCAUCACAGAAGCGGAUACUACCAUCCCGUUUAUCAGCAUCAUCACCAUCAGUACUACCGGCAAAAAAUGUUGGAGAGAGAACGCGACCGCUGGAAGCAACUACACGACCAGCAGUUGAAAGCUGACUACCAGGGAAAGAUUCGUUAUUUCGACAGUUCCAAUAAACUAGAAACCAAGGAUGAUAUUAAAGCCCAUCUCGAUGGUUACACAAGCCGUGAGCAAUGGCCUCAUUUUGACAAAGUUAUGAACUCUCUCAACAAAGAACAACAGCAGGACAACGUUCCGCCCUAUAUCAAGAAGUACAAUCGCAGAAAUAAACAGUUAAUUGAUCUGCUAGAAGGUACAAUUGCUCCCUUGUCCGAUUAUAGCCAACGUCACCAUGAAAGGAAGUACCAUCGAAGAAAAAAUCCCAACUGGAUGGAAGAAGAUCUCUUCGAGCAACAGCGUCCCAAUCAAAACAAUCUUGGUUUACAGCGAAACUAUAUACAAGAAACAAUUCAGUCAUCCACAGCGCACUCCAACUCUCUGCCAGGUGAAGCCAUUCACAUCAUCUACGACAAAAAACACAUGGACAAUGAUCACGAAUACGGUCACCCAACGACUAGCGUCGACCCCAACCAUCCGUACAAAAUGUCCUCGCGUGCCGGGCAAUUCGCGUACCAUCGCGUGGCGUCUCCGCAGCCAGUCGGUGGCGGUUACGGGCGACUCAAACGUCAGCGGCUUCCCUUUGUGGCGAUCACCGAUCGUCGUCUAGGAUCUCCUCCAAAGCGUCGGCCGAACAGUAGUAGCAACACAGCCAUCUCCAGCAGCAACAGCAAUGACAACUCCGGCAGUAACAAUCUACUGAAUCACCAACCGAUGCCUUAA